GCAAAUAACAUUUCCAUCGAGUAAGAUGGAAUCGAGCAAUGUCUUAAAUCCUACCGUUAGAGUGAAAAAAGAGCCUCGCGAUGAGCCUCUGAAUGAUGAUAAUCAUUAUGAAAUUACUGACAUUACAUCUACAGUUACUCAAAAUAUUAAGUACGAAAGGUUUUGGCAAGAAAAUUCAACCCAAGAGCUUCAAGAAAAUGACAAAAAUCAGGAAAAUGAACUUGAUGACAUUGAAAUCGAAUUGGAAUGUACAGACAUGAAGCCUAAUUUAUUGGCCAAAAUUGAAGAUUUCUCUCCAAAUCACGGGCAGCAUAGUGAUGAUUAUAAAACCGGAAGCAUUAUUAAACUAGAAAUUGUCGGGACAGUGAAGAAAGAAAUUUUGAGGGAAGGAGAAAAUGAUUUGAAUUUCGGACGUGGACUCAGCGAGAAAAAUGAAACAGGAAGUGUUUCAAAAGAGUCGAACUAUAAGAGGAGUCUCAAAGCACACGUGGGUAUAGUGCAAAGUGAUAUCAAUCAUGCAUGCGAUAUAUGCCAAAAGACAUUCUCAAAAAAGAGCAAUCUUAGAAAUCACAUCGAUUCGGUGCAUCGUAAAAUAUGGCAUGCGUGUGAUAUUUGCGAAAAGACAUUCACACAGAAGGGCCAUCUCAAAAUCCAUAUCGAAUCGAUACAUCAUAAAAUUACGCAUCCUUGUAAUAAAUGCCCAAAGACAUUCACAGACAAGAGUAGUCUAAAAAGGCACAUUGCUUUGGUGCACAAGCGAGUCAGACAUGCAUGCGAUAUAUGCCAAACGACAUUCUCAGACAAGAGUAGUCUAAUGAGGCACAUCGAUUCGGUGCACAAGCGAGACGGACAUGCAUGUGAUAUUUGUGGAAAGACAUUUACUCGAAAAGAUCAUCUCAAAAUCCACAUCGAUAUGGUGCAUCGUAAAAUAAGGCAUGCGUGCGAUAAAUGCCCAAAAAAAUUCUCAGACAAAAGUUAUCUCAAAAAGCACAUUGAUUUCGUGCACAAUCAAGUCCAACAUGCAUGUAAUAAAUGCCAAAGGACAUUCUCAGAUAAGGGUUAUCUAAAAAAACACAUUGAUUCAAUUCAUAAUAGUGUCAGACAUGCAUGCGAUAUUUGCGAAAAGAAGUUUACACAAAAUAGUUCUCUCAAACGUCACAUCGAAUCGGAGCAUAAUGGAAUCACCCACGCAUGUGAUGUGUGCACAAAGAAAUUUACUGCGAAAAGUAGUCUUAAAGCCCAUAUCGAUGCGGAGCACAAUGGAAUCACCCACACAUGUGAUUUCUGUGGAAAAAAAUUUAAAUAUCAAACUCAACUCCGUAAGCAUGUCAAAUCGUCGCAUAGUGGUAUCAUACAUUCAUGCGAGACAUGUGGCAAGACAUUUGGAAAGAAAAGAAGUCUCAGAGCUCACAUCGAUGUGGCGCAUCGCUCACGCAAUCAGACCUAAUAAAUGUAUUAAAUUUAUGUUGAAUUAAGUAACAAAUUAGAAUUUAAGAUCAAGUGUAUCUCUUCAGACGACUGAAUUAAUAAUUUUUAUUAAU